AUGGACCUCAGGUCAAGCUGGCGGGUAUGGCUGCUGAACUCGACAAUAAUGGGCGUGAUUUGCCUGAUCGUUCUGAUCGUCCCCUGGGCCCUUGAAAAUGAUCGCCUGCCCGCUCAACGCGGUUUCUUCUGUAACGAUGAAUCCAUCCGUCACCCAAUUCUCCCGAACACCGUAUCAGUUGUUGUAUGCGGAAUUGUGUCGCUUAUCAUCGUGUUUACAAUGGUGCUCCUCGCCGAAGUCGUCGUUUUAUACCGCAAAGAGAGGAAUGAGCGGCAGCUACGAUUCUUUUUCUAUACGCUUAUUCAGCAGAAUGGCUACUGGUUACUCGGGCUCCAAACUACACUAAUCCUGACUCAAAUCGCCAAAUAUUCCGUAGGCCGGCUACGACCCCACUUUUUGGCCGUUUGCCAGAUUCAGAAUUUAAGCGAGCUGUGCGUAGAUCCAUUAAGAUUCGUGAAAUCGACCGAGUAUAGUUGCACGGGUCCACCUGGAGAGGUGCGAGAAGCUCGAGUGUCGUUUUUCUCCGGUCACUCGGUUACGAUAACAUAUUGCUGUAUAUAUUCCGUGCUCUACCUCCAAGCCAGAAUCGGCUCCAGAACUGGCCAUUGGCGAGGCGCACUCUGCGUUUUGCAGUCAAUGCUGGUCGGCGUGGCUUUGUUCAUUUGCGCCAGUCGUGUCACGGACUAUUGGCACCACCCGACGGAUGUGUUAACCGGCGCCGCUUUUGGGGUGUUGUCCGCAACCUGGACGGCACUCGUUUGGGCCGGGCUCUUCAGCCGCAACAAAUACGUGAAAGUUAGAUGCGAAUUACCUGAGAAAUCUUCUGAAAAUAUGGCG